GCGUGCCAAGGGGCACACGACUUGCUGCUCAGUAAAUCCCCGAGGUCUCCCCGCCGCACCAAGAGAGAGGGCGACAGAGGCCCGGGACCCCAUUCGCUCUUUUAUUCUUUGGGGCUGGGGCAACUCCCAGUCGGGGGCGCCUGCAGCUCAGCUGAACUUGGUGACCAGAAGCCUGCUCAGCUCCCCACGGCCCUCGCUGCUCACCGCUCUCUAUUAUUUUGCGCCGGUAGAAAGGAUGGCGCCUCAUCCCUCGGGUUCGCCUACUGUCCAAGUGACCGGUGAGACGGAGCUGCCCUUCCCCAAAGCCUUGGACGACGAAGUGACCUGCGCCACGUCAGCCCCGCCCAGCCCCACUCUCACGCGGGGGAACUGCGCGGAGGCGGAAGGGGGAGGCUGCCGAGGGGCCCCAAGGAAGCUCCGGGCGCGGCGCGGGGGGCGCAGCCGUCCUAAGAGCGAGUUGGCACUGAGCAAGCAGCGACGGAGUCGGCGCAAGAAGGCCAACGAUCGCGAGCGCAAUCGGAUGCACAACCUCAACUCUGCGCUGGACGCGCUGCGCGGUGUCCUGCCCACCUUCCCAGACGACGCGAAGCUCACCAAGAUCGAGACGCUGCGCUUCGCCCACAACUACAUCUGGGCGCUGACUCAAACGCUGCGCAUAGCAGACCACAGCUUCUACGCGUUGGAGUCGCCUGCGUCGCACUGCGGGGACCUGGGCAGCCCAGAAGGCGGCUCCCCCGGGGACUGGGGCUCCCUCUACUCUCCAGUCUCCCAGGCUGGUAGCCUGAGCCCCGUCGCAUCGCUGGAGGAGAGCCCCGGGGUGCGGGUGGCCACCUCUUCUGGCUACUUGCGCCCAGGCACUAUGGCUUUUUCAGAUUUUCUGUGAAGGGCCCUGCUGGUCGCUGGGCUGUGGGUGUUAAGGGUAAAGGAGAGGGAGGGAGGCGGAGCCGUCGAGGGUGAGUGACGGCGGCCCUCAAGAGCACUUGUUCCUUCUGCUUUUCGCUGGCUGAACCCUAGAGGACCCACGAGGGCGGCAGGCUGGGUUCAUUCCCGGGCCCUCCGAGCCGCGCCAACUCACGCAAACCUUGCUGCUGCCCUCACGAAGUGGGCAUUACAAGCUGAGCUCAUUUUAGGCCUCCUCCCUGCCACCACCCCAAAAUCUCAUGCAAAGUAUAUGAGAAUGAUAGCACUACCCGGCCGGAGCCGCCCACCGUCUCGGGUGGCCCCACCCGCGCUCGAGUCUGUCUGCCUCUCUGUCUCUUACCACCCCUCCUCCAAAGUUAUUCAAUCCGAUGUUUGGUCUCUUAGCGCUUGCUCCCUUUGUCCGGCUCCAAAGACGCUGCCGAUCUUCUCCUCUACUCCCAAUCAGGUCCUGGGUUUCAGAGCGCUUCACUCUGCCUUAAAGCCAAGAAGGCGAUCCUCUGCCUUCUCCUCGUGCACUUUUCGGAGCCAUUGCCCUCCCGGGGCGAAGACCAGGCUGUGAACUGGGAAAGCGCUAGCAGGGCCAGGGAGCACCUCCCCAGCCUCCUUGCGAACUGCACCUGAAACGUGAGCGGCGCUGCAGGUGCCUGGAGCAC